AUGUCUGCUGAUGCAAAAUGUGGUGAGCCUUGGAGAAAGACACCCAAAUGGAACACAAAGCUUCUGGAUGAUUUGGAGAAAGAAACAAAGGGAUACACACCCUCAGAGGGAUUUGCAUUUACUAAAGCACGCAUUUUAAUGGUAGGACAAGUUGGUUCAGGAAAGUCGAGUUUCAUCAAUACUAUCAACUCAAUAUUUAAAGGCCAUAUUACAAGUCAAGCUUGUAGUGGAAAUGCACAAGAGAGCCUUACAACAGAAUAUCGGAUGUACCAAAUAAGAAGUGGAAAAAAUGGACAGCCAAUGAAUUUCCGACUUCAUGAUACUAGAGGAAUAGAAGCUGGCCAGGGGGUAGAUGAAAUAGAAAUGUGUUAUUUACUCGAUGGGAAUGUGCCAAAUCGCCACCAGUUCAAUCCAUCAGUUCCACUUUCACCAAAUACACCAGGUUUUAUAAAGAACCCGCUCUUAAGUGAGAAAAUUCAUUGUGCGGUGUUUGUUAUAGAUGGUACCACCAUAGAUGUGAUGGUAGAAAAUAUAACUGAGAAGAUGAAUAAAUUUAAGAAAUGUAUGAACCAAAGAGGCAUUCCGCAAAUUGUUUUAUUAACAAAGAUCGACAAGAUUUGCCAGAAAACGGAGACGGAUUUAUCAAAUGUAUUUUACAGUACUCCGAUCAAGGAAGCUGUCGACAAAAUAUCACAGAUAAUGGGAUUACCUAGAUCGCACAUUAUUCCGGUAAAAAAUUUAGAAUCUGAGAUGGAUCUUAAUACAAAUGUGAGCAUCCUAGCGUUGCUGUCCUUGCAGAAAAUGCUUCAUUUUGCGGAUGACGGUAUGAAUAAUCAAAAAGGCGAGGACUACUAUGAUGUGCUUAGUAAUAUCACUAUUUUUAUUAUGUUAGCUUUUGUUUGUUUAUUGGGAUUGUGGUUUUAUGAAUGA